CAAUCCCUCUUUUUCCGAUAUUGCGAUUUAGAUAACCACUGCAAUCCCACCAGAAUGUCAUCGGUGGCUGUUUUCAACAAUCAGAAUGCGCAGUCAGGCUGUGGGCACUUGUGCAAGGCGCUUGCUGGCCCAGCAGCACCGGAAUCUACAGACCAGCACAGUUGCACGCAAGCAAACCUCCCCGCUGUCCUGGCACCUGGACACCGCCGUGGCUUUUGAUAUCGACGGCGUGCUGAUUAAGGGAAAGCGCACGCUGGACGAGGGCCGGCGCGCUCUGGAGAUGCUGAACGGCGACAACGUGUUUGGCAAGCGGAUCCCGUUUGUGCUGCUGACCAACGGCGGCGGAGUCACAGAAGCAGCCAAGGCUGCAGAUAUCUCCAGGCGGCUGGGCGUAGAGAUCAAGCCCGAGCAGGUGAUUCUUUCGCACUCGCCGAUGCAGGCGCUCGCAGAAAAGUACUCCGACAAGCACGUUUUGGUGGUGGGCGGUGUGCAGCACCGGUGCGCGGAGAUUGCACGCGGCUACGGCUUCACCAAUGUCAGCACACCCAACGAUAUUGUUGCCUGGCAGCCAGCGGCCUGGCCGUUCAUGAAGGCGCCGACUGACAAGAUGCUGUCGCAGCCCCUGAGGGAUUUCUCAAACGAUCCGUUCUACGCCGUGCUGCAGUUCCACGACUCGUUCGACUAUGGCCGCGACCUGCAGAUCGUCACCGAUGUGCUGCGCUCGCGGGGCGGUGUCAUUGGCAGCGAGUAUGCCGACCAUCAGGUCAUGCCGCUGUAUAUGUCGAACCCUGACCUGGUGUACAGCAAUGAGUACCCGCGGCCGCGCUUCGGCCAGGGUGCAUUCCACACGUGCCUGCGAGCCAUGUGGGCUGCAUUGACGAAUGGCAAGCCGCUCAACUACACCCUGUAUGGCAAGCCCAACAAGGUGCAGUACCAGUACGCUGAGCGGGUCCUAGAUAGAAUGGCGUUGCAGGCAGCUCCCAAUACCGACCUUGGGCAGGUGCAGGCGAAGCGCCGCGUGUUCGCCAUUGGCGAUAACCCAGCCGCUGAUAUUGCCGGUGCAAAUGGUGCCGGAUGGACCUCGGUGCUGGUUCGUACCGGUGUGUUCAGUGGCCCCGAAGGAUCAAACGACCCAGCGAAUCCUGCGCACCGUGUCACCGACCAUGUCGAGGAGGCGGUCAAGUGGAUUAUCGAGUCCGAGGCCCGCCGUGCCCAGCAGUCAGCAUAACCUUUUUUUGUGGCGAUGCAUCUGGGCGGUU